AUGGCGUACCAGCCAGGGCACAAAUCCGCAGCAUCCGUCUCCAGUACCAACCUUGUCCCGCCCUCGUCUACAGAUGUCCGGCAGCGGCGUAUGACCUCGCCUUCGCUCCCGCCGCCGUCGCCUCUCAACCUGCCAGAACCCGUCUACGGGUACCGCCGCCCCCCCUCGCCGCUACGGCACGCGUCGACGAUCGAUCCCACGACCGGCGAGGUCAGCGACGACGGGUCAAUCCUCCAGUCCGAGGAGUCGCGUGAGGGGCGGCAGUGGGGACAACGACACCACUCGCCCUCCCCGUCUCCUUCGGUCGCGCACUAUGCGGCGAAUUUUGCACAGAAGGUCGGUUCUCUCAUGAGCAGUAGUAUGAGUCCGCGCUCGAACACACUUCCAACGGACGACGAGCUGGAGGCCGAGGCCGAGAAAGAGCGCGACAGAACAAGAAAGGAAGCUGAACAGAUUCUUAUGCAGGAAGCUGAAAACCGGCGGUCGGUCGAGGACCGCGUUAUGGCUAUGCUGAACUCGUCCUCGAGCAGCCUCCCGCCUCCGCCGCGCUCGCAGACCAUGCCCGUCACACCACCUUCACCACAUUUCUCACAGAAAGAAUCUCCACAAAAAGAGGGAGGUUGGUGGUCCAUGGCGAAGAGCAGGCUGACGCCCACGAAGGAGCCCAAGGAGCCUCUCACCCCCGCACAGCAAAUUAUUCAGGAAACGAAGACACGCGAGAAGGAGCAGGAAAAAGAGAAGAAGAAAUCUAGUAAGAUGAAGCAGAAGAGCAAGGAGUGGUCGCCUGCGCCUGAAACACAGUUUGAGGAGCCUUCUUUCAUCAAAUCAAGUCUUGCUGCUCCCACCACACCUUCAAGGCCAGUGUCCUCUGCUCUCUCUUCGCCAACACCUCAUCCUGGCGUGCUGGCCACACCCCCAAGUCUAGCAGCAUCCCCUUUGCGCUCGAUGGAAGGUGGUUCAUCCCCUUCGUCGCGAGGAGGCCAUCCGAUCUAUGCUCAGUUCAAUGCUCAGGGUACGCUUGAUGUUCCCGGAACCCUACUGACUAUUGCGAAACGAUUCGAGAAGCUGGAGAAGUGGACAGUCGGGCAUGUUCGUGCUUUGGAGGAACGCAUGGACGACGUCGAGCGCUGGCUUGUGGAGAAGGAGAGGGAGAAAACGCAGUCCAGUGUCAACUCGACAAAAGAUGAGGACGAUGAUAAUAUAGAAGGGGCGAUGAGUGAGGUUCGUGAGGAGCUUGCAGAGCUCCAGGGUCGGGUAGGUGAGCUAGGCCGCGAGAUGGCCAAGUUGAUAACCGCACCUGGAAAUCUUUCUUCUGGCCCCUCACGCAAUUCAGCAUCUAUUGCGAGGGCACCCUCAACGACCUCUAUAGCUGUACGUUCUAUCUCCCAGAGCAUCGCGAAAAGCCCCACAUCUACCCCACCGAAGGUAUCUGGAUCGACCAGUCCACCAUUUACGACUCCCACUGCUCCAAGGGGGUCACGUACGCGUCUACCAUAUCCCACUGGCGACUAUGCCACCCCACCGGAUUCUACUGUAAUUGGACAGGGCAUGUUUUCACCAGCAAAUUCACCGCCCUCCUCUAUAACAUCUGCGACACGAAGCCGACAUAUGUCGAUCUCGGGGCUGCCAAAUCCAGCCACAUCUCCCAAUGGGCAAUCACUACCGGGUCUGCCUCGUGCAGAGUCGCCGGUAGCAAUGGCAGCGAGCUCACCGACACUCCCCCCUCCCAGCGCGCCAGCUUCUGCACGUCCCUCAAGCGUCAGCCCAACUCCACGGAAACGAUAUACGGUCGCACUUGGUGGGCCCAUUAUGGCUGCGGAUCGGGCUGAGCGCGUUGAACGUGAACGCCCCGUUCAAUCGCGCACACAGCCACGCGAGCUGAGCACCGCAUUUUUCUCUACGUCACCCAUCUCAAUGACGCCUUCGAACGACGAAAGCACCGACGAUUCGGACUCUGGCGUGAACGAAGAAACGAUCGGCAAGGCUGCGGCGCGCCAAGCCGGGCUCGCAGUGCCCACAGAGGCGUCUGGGGCACAGCAAAGUAGGUCGCCGUCCGCCUCGCCGACGAACACGCCCACGCCGGCGCGCCGCUCGCGCCCGCAGACGAUGUACGCCUCGCAGUUCUCUGGGAUCGCGGCGCCGUCGCCGGUCACACCGCUGAACAUCCGCCUGCGAUCACGCUCGACGGACCGCUUUGGGCUCGGCCUCGGGGACGGGAGCAUCGGGUCCGUGGGGUCGUCGUCGUCAUCGUCGGUCAAGUUUGUGGACCCACUUCUUGUUCGCCGCCAGACGAAGGAGGCGCUUGCGAGUGCGGCCCCGAACGCACCGAAGGUCAUGCCAGGGAAGCCGAAGGUGCCGGUCGGAGAGCUGGUUGCGUUCUUUGAUCAGGACAAGGCGUAG